AUGGACCUGAAGAUCGUCUGCUUCCUGCUCCUGCUGUGUCUGUGUGAAGCUGCUCCUCGUCGAGAAAAACACAAACAGAAGGGACAUGGACACUUGGUUGCAAGAGGACAGGAACAUAAGAUAAAAGAUCAUUCAGACUCCGACUCCAGUGAAAGCGCCGAGACUACUUCUGAUUCCACCUCCGAAGAAGAUAUGACUGCCGCUAUCAAUUACCUGGAAAUCCCUACAAUCAUAUCUAUCCCCUUUACCACUACGCCAACUACAACUACGACUAAAGGCAUCUACCAACUUCCGGGUUAA